GGUAUUCAGCGAUAAUUCAAACGGCCGAGACCUCGACUUGCAGCAGUCGGGCCUACCGAGCGAGAUGCAUCAUUCACGGAUUCGAAUUUCUAAAUACUUCAAAUCAGAAGAAUGAGCAACAUACGCGUGUGGAGAAACAUGAGGCGACUUUCAAUAACUCCUCCGGGACUGACGGGUGCAAAAGAUGAACUACCGGAGAUGUGGGGCCUUGAGUAACAGAGCGAGCCGGCGCUUUGUCCGGACCACGCGGGCCCGAGAAUGCUGACGUAAAGUGGCAGACGUCACAAUGGGGAGAAGCGCGGGGUUGAUGUACACUAAGGAAGACGAGAUGGCAUUCUCAUACCUACUAGGUGAUUCAUUCUAUGAAAAGCAAGCAUUCAUGUGCAAUUGCUUUUUCGUAAUUCAGCUCAAUUCAACUAAACUAGUGCACCGGCAGAGCGAACCGAAAACUGGGCAGAAUGUCUAAACCUGGACAGUUCCGAGCCGAUCUCCCUGAGCUCGCGAGACAUCUUCUCACGGAUGGCCCUCACAAGACACAACCUACCGCCCGCAGAGUCCGAGUCAUCUUAAACAGCACAUGCGUCGUCGAUACCACCAAAGCAGUCCAUGUUUGGGAGCACGUUGCAUAUCCUCAGUACUAUGUACCGAUAGCAGAGCUACGGAACUGCCGUUGGAAAGACAAGCAAGACAUCCAGUCCGCGGCCGAUGCAUCCCAAGCCGCGGCGGCAGUCGUUGAAGUGGCCGUUCCUGGACGGGACGGUGAAAACGACUUUACCACCGACCGGGCGUUGAGAUUUUCCGAUAAUGGAGAGAUCAGCGGCGCUCUAAAGGGCCUGAUAAGGCUCGAGUUCGGUAGUAUGGACCAAUGGCUCGAAGAAGAGACGCCCAUCUACGUCCACCCCAAGGACCCCUACAAGCGCAUCGAUAUUCUCCCUUCGUCGCGGCCUGUAGAGGUCAAGGUCGCCGGAAAGACCGUCGCCAAGACCAAUUUUGCUUCAGCUCUGCGAAAAAGCAAGCUCAUCACCAAGUGCCCUUACAAGGGCGAUGCAGAGUACUACAAUGUUGUAGUGGAUGGCAAAGAGUACAAUGAUUUGGUCUGGUACUACAGGCUUCCCACGCAGGAGAGCGCGGGGAUCGCUGGUCUGCUGUGCUUUUACAAUGAGAAAGUCGACAUUAUUCUGGAUGGUGAACUUCUGGAGCGGCCAAAGACGUUCUUUUCCUAAGUCAGGUAAUUUAGAUAUUCACGGGCAGAUUGUACUGCAUUACAAGUAGUCACGGAAUUUGGACGGAUGAAAAUAUCGAAUACGCUUGGAUUUUUAAUAUGGUA